AUGGAGGAACACUUGACUAAUUUAAUCGAUCGAUACAGCCGUGUCUGCGCCCACCGCGCUGGUCUGAUCCGCAAGUACGGCAUGAACAUCUGCCGUCAGUGCUUCCGUGAGAAGUCUACCGACAUCGGUUUCGUCAAGGUUCGUAAAUCCUUACACCUCGAUCAGCACAUCCCACCAGCCCAUCUAUCACAUCACCGAAGAAAUAUCAGGAACCCAUCACAUCCACAAUGA